AUGAACGGCAAGGUCGGUGUCGUCGUUUCCGCGCAUCCUCGUGGGCUGCGGAGGUGGCCUCCGCAAAGGCCUCCGGCAAGGUCGGCCCCGUCGUUCAAAUUGAGCGUGGCGGGCGAGGCUUCUGGACUCCUUCUUGAGCCGGCCAACUUGCAGCCAGCGGCCGAGGCGGUGGAGGUGGGCAGGCUCAUCCUCAAGGCGGCGGAGUGGUCACCGCAGUCGCACGCGCUCUUCCCAACAGCGGCUCGCAAGUGGGCGGUGGAGGUGAUGCGGCUGGGCUACCUUAUCGCGUGGGACGAGGAGCGCUUCGAUGGCCGCGAGGGAGCGGCUCCAGAGCUGGCGGACAUCUGGCGCAGCUUUGUGCUGCCAAGGGUGGUGGUGCGAUGA